AUGCAAAGCAUUCACGAGACAGUAGUAGAGCAAGAGACGAUUCGAGAGCGGCAAAAGCAAAGUUUAUCGGCACUUCGAUCACUAAGUUAUCUGGAAGCGGAAAAUGACAAACCAGCAAACAACCUUAUUAUCAAGAGUACAUCACACAGGAAACAAGGUAUACGGAACUUGACUACUCCUCAUACUACUACUACUAGGGCUUCAAACCGCAGAGCAUCAACUGAACCAAAGAUGAAGAAAAAGGGAAAAAAUCAGUCUAUGAGUAAACUUGUUCGAGAAAAUUACUCUGUUAAUGGCCAUAUAAACAAUUACGGAGUUUCAAAUCCAGAUCAAAGUCGUAUAGACCAAUUUUGCGCGAGAUUGGCAACAGAUACUCUGACAAUAUACAUGCAGCGAAAUCGACUUCAUUGCGAUGCUCCAAAUGAGAAGGUACUUAUUUCUCGCGAAGAAUGGUAUCAAGCAUUAAAGAGCGUCAAAUUACAGUUUCCAUCAAAGGUAAUACAUGUAAAGGCUAAGAGAGACUCACUGGACACACUGAGACUGAGAAUUGAACUGGAACAAGAAAUAGAAAUAAAAGAAGAGGAAGAAGAAGUCGAGGAAUAUGACAAAGGAUGCUUUGAAAACAUCGACACUAAAAGUUUAUGGGAUAAGGCAAUGAUCCAUCGACCUUUAAGUCACAAUGAAAUCAAAUGGCUAUACAAUGAGGGUAUGUAA